AUGAAUCGAAGACCACCUGGCAUUUUGAUCAUUCCAGUUUUGGCUGGUGUUCUCACCUCGUAUUAUGCUUGGAAACCAUACAUUGAAGAGAAGCAAGCAGAGACAGCGAAAAAAGCAUUUGAUCCACUCAAUGAACAUGGCAAUAUGAAUAUUACAUCAUCGGAGGCACCUAAACGAACGAAGAGAACUACGAUUCCUAGCACUCGAGCAGCAAAUGCAUCUUCUGUAGAGUCGACUUCAAACAAGGAGGAAUCUUCGUAG